CACCUUAAAUCAAGACCUCUCAGAUUUAAGCUGUUAUGCAAACCAUUGUGCUGUUGGUGCUGUGGGUGCUGGGAACAUCACUGGCGUUGCCAGAUCCCGACACAGCCGGAGAGAAGGUGACAGAAGAGCCUAUUCCAUGUUCUAAGGGAUGCACCUGCCUGCAUGAUGACUACACUUUGGAGCUCAACAUGUAUUGCAGUGCUCGUAACUUCACACAAGUCCCCACUGACAUGCCGACAUCCACUCACUCUCUCUGGAUGGAUGGCAACUUGUUCACUUCACUCCCAGCAGUGUCUUUUAAGGAUCUUACCAACCUGGACUUUUUGAAUCUGCAGAGUGGCCAGCUGGUGGCACUUGACCCUCAAGCUUUCAAAGGACUCAGGUCGUUAGCACACAUUCACCUUGAGCGAAAUUUACUCCGUGCGUUACCAGGCACAAUCUUCCAGAAUACACCUAACCUUGCUUCACUUAGUCUGCACAACAACCAGCUCACUCGUAUUGAGGAAAGCCUGUUUGCAGGACUCUCACACAUGUGGCUUCUCAACCUUGGGUGGAACUCAAUAGCAGUCUUGCCUGAGACAGCUUUCCAUGACCUGCAAGGUCUACGAGAGCUUGUUCUUGCAGGGAACAGACUCGCUUACUUGCAGCCACAGCUUUUCCAAAAUCUUGCUGAGCUUAAAGAGUUGGAUCUAACUGGAAAUUACCUGAAGGUCAUCAAAGCCAAUGUGUUUGUUAAACUCACUAAACUGCAAAAGCUGUAUCUUGCCCAGAAUCACAUUGUGACAGUGGUGCCCAGAGCCUUUGCAGGCAUGAAGUCACUCAGAUGGCUGGAUCUCACUAACAACAGACUGACUUUACUGCACGACGACACUUUCGUGGGCCUGCACAGUCUUCAUGUACUGCGUCUCUCCAACAACUCUAUCACUGGAAUUAGGACCAGGACUUUCCGUGAUCUGCAGUACUUAGAAGAACUACGACUUAGUUACAACAGGAUCCAAGCCCUUGGGGAGAGGAUUUUUGAAGGGCUUGGUCAUCUGGAAGUUUUAGAGCUAGAACACAACCUAGUGCAGGAGGCACAAAUGGGUACUUUCACAGGCCUCUCCCAUGUGGCUGUCAUCAACCUGUCUGGAAGCUGCUUCCAAACUCUGCCAGACCAAAUAUUCAAAGGUCUGUCAAAGCUUCACAGCCUUCAUCUGGACAGAGGGUGCCUAACAAGGAUCACAACUCAAGCUUUUACUGGACUCUUUGGUCUACGUAGGCUUUUCUUGCAGCACAACAACAUCUCCGUGGUGGAAUGCCAGAGCUUCGUAGAUCUGGUGGGCUUAUUGGCACUGGACUUGAGUUUCAACAAGUUGGAGGUUCUCACAACCCACACAUUCUCUGGCCUCAAGAAUUUGGAGUACUUGCUGUUGUCCAACAAUGACUGUCAACAGUUUUUGCAGAAUGGAACGAAGCAGCUACUUCCAAAGCUGCGCUAUUUGGACCUGAGAGCUAAUGCCUUGACCAGCAUGGUCCCUGAUUUCCCAGAGAAUAUGGAAAAACUUUUGCUGUCUGGGAACCAUUGGAAAUGUGACUGCAGCACCCUCCCACUCAGAAACUACAGCUUGAGGAAUCCGUUGGUGAUACCUCGGCGGGUGGAGACCCAUGCAGAGGGUGAAGAGCCGGACACAACUAUCACCAUAUACAACAACAUUACAUGCACCAGCCCACCUGGUCUAGCUGGUCAGGAUCUACGAGAUAUUGACAAUGAAUUUUUCCAAAGCUGCUAAGCAGCCACAUACAAUCAUGUUUAGAGAAUUUAUUUGGUACAAAGCAAAGAAAAUUACAAAACUGUUAUUUUCCACAAUAUAAAUUCACUCAGUUUCUGAUUUCAAGAUUGAAAUUGUAUUGCUAAUGUGUGAUUCAGUUUCUUUUUCCACAUCAACAAUAUUAAUAGAUAAAGUUUUGUCAUCUGUAGCAUGUUUAAAUAAUGUAAACUGUUUCAGAUUUAAGGGGUGCAAAAAUGUUUCUUCAAUGUGAAGACCAACAGACCAAUAUUUCUUUUGGUUCAGCUUUAUGGAGUUAUAUUAAACAUGAAUGCUUUACUCUGGGAGAAAAUGAUGACUGUUGGUAAAUUGUCACACUCUGUAGCUAACGGAAAAUUUGGUGGAACCAAACCACAACAAAUGCUUUGAAAUAAUUCAGUUUAUACUGACAGAACCUUUAAAGAACUUUAAAAUACUUUAAAGUUUGUUCCUCUGUAAACCACUAGAACCUCCAUUCAUGCCCUUGAACACAGAAAAUAUCAAAUUUACAUAAAAAUGUGAUAGCACUUUUGUUUGCUUUGGUCAUGAGCAUUGUGGGACAAUAAAAAUGGAGAUAAGUCAGAAAAGGCCAAAAAACAAUGGCAUAAGCCUGUUAUUUGAAAUGGAACCAUAUGUGACUUUUUGGGCGCCCCGCAAACCUUAUACAAAACUGUGAGUAACAAACUGAAAUGUCCUUUUACUCAAUUUUAAGUUUAAGCCAUUGAGCUAUAACUCACACUUUAUUUAAUUAUUUAUGUGACUGGGCUGGAUGGUUACUGGCAGGAAAAAAUAUAUACACAGCUCAGACACUAAAGUGUCCUCAAGUAUGUCGUAGAUAUAUUAUGUAUUACUAUUAGUAAAGCUCCAUGUUUGUCACUUUAAAAAGAUGCACUAAUGGGGAAAUUGCCUUAAAGUGCAAUAAAUGUAUUAAAGACCGUGUACCUUCACUUUCUUAAAAAUGUUUCAUGUACCCACCUAAUGAGGUUACGACAUCCAGGGGACAGAUUAUGCCACAGUACCCACUUACACACAGUUGUCAGUUUAUUAGGAACACCUAGUUAAAAACUAAUACAGUGUAAUGCAGCAGUCCUACAAUAAAUCCUCCUUUCUUGAAGAAUAUAAUGUUCAGUUUGUGUUUAAGCUGUGUUAAAGAGGUGCUGAUUAAACUGUAUAAUCAUUUUGGAGGCUGUAGUUUGUGGUGCAGUUGAACUGCAUUGCGUUAUACAAAGAGGUUUGUCUGUCCUGGAUCUGAAUGGGGUUGACAAAAUAACAUAAAUACCUGUCAACGUUACGCACCUGCCAUCGUAAUUCAAUUAGAAAUAAACU